AUGAAUAAUUCUAAAAUAAGCAGCAUUAAUCCAUUACAUAAUAAUGCUAUUGAGAAAGAUGGAUAUUUUGACAACGCUGAUAUUUCAAAAAAUAAAAAAAGAAAAAGAAGUGAAAAUAAUAAUGAAAAGAAAAAUAAAGAAGAAUAUUUAAUAGAAAAAAAUAACUUAAAUGCAAACGUAAGUGAGGGAAAUAAAAGUAAAACUAACAUUAAAAAAUCAGUUAUUAUUGCACAUAAUUCAGAUAAUCAUAAAAAAAAAUUAUCUUCAGAUAGUGAUGAUGUAAAAACGAAAUCUAAGAAUACUAGUAAUUCAGGUCGUCAAAAAAAAAAAAAUAAAAUUUCUAAAAUUUUAGAACAAAAAAAUACAGAAACAAAUGAUCAUAUGGAAAACCAGAAUGAUUUAGUAAGUGUAAAUAAUGAUAUAGAAGACACAAUAAUUUUAAAUAAUAUAAAUAACGUAGAAGAAAAUAUUUGCAAUGAAAUUAUAAAUGAAGAAAUAGAAAAUAAUUAUUGUGAUAUAAAUAUGUUAAACGAUGUUGAUUUAAAAAGUUUUUAUGGUAGUACUGGAAAAAUAAUAAAAUUAAGAAUAAGAAACUUUUUGAAUCAUGAAAAUCUAGAAUUAACUUUUAAUUCUUACAAAAAUAUAAUAAUAGGAAAAAAUGGAAAAGGGAAAAGUGCUAUUGCUCAAGCUGUUGCAGUAGCUUUAGGAAGCCAAGGUAAAUAUGCAGGAAGAGAUAUUAACCUUGCUAACUAUAUAAAAGAUUAUGAUAAAAAUAAGAAAAAUUUGGUUUGCUAUAUUGAAAUAUUUCUAUCUAAUUCAGGAAAGAAUUCUUUUAAAAGAGAUAUUUACGGUGACGUAAUUAUAAUCAAGAGAGUUGUAUCCUCUCAUACAAGCAAGUUUUAUUUAUAUGGGUUAAGUGAAAAGAAAAAUUAUAAUAAUAACAAGGAUAUUUUAACUAAUUUAAAUAAAGGAGAAAAUAAUAAUAUUAAUAAUGAUAAAGAAAAAAAAAAUAAAUAUGUAUGUAAAAAAUCAUACAUUGACAACUAUUUAAAUUUUAUAAAACUAAAUAUUAGGAGUCCUUGCGUAUAUCUAGAUCAAGAAAAAGGAAAGCAAUUUUUCAGUAAUAUUAAUGAAAAAGCCUUGCAUAAGUUUUUUAUGAAUUCCGUUGGAUUAAAUAUAGUAGAAGAGGAAAUCGAAAAGGAAAGUGAACUAUUAGAGAAUUGCUUAAAUCAAAUAAAACAGAAGCAGUUAUUACUUUCUCCUCAAGAAGAGGAAUUAAAAGCAUAUAAAGAAAGGAAUAAUAUAUUGAAAAAUGAAUUUGAUAAGUUAAGCUUACUUGAUAAUAAUUACAAAGUGUUAAUUUUUUAUGAAUCUUUAAAAAAUACAAUUAUUUUAUUUAACGAAUAUCUAAAGUCAGAAAAUUUUAAAAAUGAAAAAGUUAUUAACAAUAUACAAAGUAAAAUGAAUACACUCGUUGAAGAAAGUGAAAAUCUUAAGUUGAAUAUAAAACGAGUAAUUGAAAAAGACACAACUACUUAUAAUUUGAUUAAAAAGGAAAUGGACAAAAUAACGAAAUACGAUGAAAUGAUUAAAGAAUUGAAUGAUUUAAAAACAAAAUAUAUUGAUCGUAGACAGGAAAUUAUAAAUUAUAUAAGUUCCUUUGAAAAAGCAAAAGACAAUAAAAAAUUAUUACAAGAAUACUUAAAUAAAUAUGAAGAAGAAUCUGAAAAGUUAAAUGAAAAAAUGACAAAAGAAAUGCAAAAAGAGAUAGAAUUACAAAAUGAAAUAAAUAUAAAAGAAAAUUCUAUUUAUGAAAUGGAGUACCUCAUAAGCAAGAACAAAAAUACUGUAGACAUUUUAAACAAACAAAUAAAUGAUAUUAUUGUUCAAUCAAACAAAGUUCAUAAAAUUAAAAAUAAUGAAAUAAAAAAAAAAAUAUAUAUAUAUGGGUAUGACAUUUAUUCUUUAAGAAAUAAUAUAAUUAAAAAUUAUAGUAUUUCUAUUAAGUCUGAAAAUAAUUUAAUUUUUCAUGAAGAAUUAAAACUGAUUAACAAAAAUCAAAAGAAUAAUUUUACAAGUAAGAAAAAUACAGAGUUUUCUUUUACGUAUGCUCCAAUAGGUCCAGUUGGAGAAUAUAUAAAAUUAAAAAAGAAUGUUGAAAACAUAAAAAUAUUAUCAAUUAUUGAAAAACAUUUAGGUGAUAUUUUUUAUUCUUGGUUAGUAAGUUGUUAUGAAGAUAAAAAUAAAUUGAAUAAUAUAGAAAUAGAGAAUAAGAACAAAUUUAAUAUAAUAGUUACUAAUGCAUUUCAGCAUGUUAAUAGAGAUAAAUUAAUGAAGAAUAUUCAAUUGUUAUUAGAUAAAAUACAUGGAAAUACUAUUUAUUCUUUUUUAAAUAUUGAUUUAUUACCUACUUCAUUGUUAUUUUAUUUAUAUGAUAAUUUUAGAAUUGUUCAAACGUUGAUAUGUAACAACUCUAGUGAAUUACAUGAAUUAUUACGUUUAAAUGAUAAAAGUAUAAUAAAAUCAAUUUAUGUUAUUGAUGAUUUUGUAUUGGUUAAAGUUCUUUCAAAUGGAAGUUUACAUUUUCUUCCAUCAAAAGAAGAAUAUUAUAGAGAUCCACUUUUCUUGAAUUUAUUAAAUGAGGAAAACAAAUUGAUUAAAAAUAAAAAAAAUAGUGAAAUAUACAAUAAUUCUGAAGACGAUAAAAAUAAUGUGCUAGAUUCAGAAAUUAAAACAAAUGAACAGAAAAUAAAAGAAUUAGAAAAAUCUAAAAAAGAAAAAAAUGAAGAAAUUCUAAAAGUGUCCAAAAAAUUACUUUCUUAUAAGAAUAUUUUAGAUAAUUUAAAUGAUUCUAUUAAAAAAUCAAAAUUUUUGCAAGAUGAAUUAAAAUAUCAACUGAAAAAUAUUGAUGAACUGAAGGCAAAUCAUGAUAAUAUUUUUAUGGAACAAAUGGAUAUAGAAAUUAAAGAAAAAAAUAAAGAUAUAAAUGAUAUAGAAAAUUAUCUAAAUGAUAUAGAAACAUAUAUAAAAGUUCUGGAAGAAAAAAAAGAAAAUUCUUACUCCACUACCUCCAUACAUAAAUGUUUAAUCUCAUCACAUAUUGGAUAUUUGCAAAACAAAAAAGAGAAAUUUUCUUUUUUAAUAAAAGAAUAUCAAGAUUUAAAAGAAAUUUUAAUUAAAUUAGAAAUGGAUAAGCAGAAAAAUGAUGAAAUUUCCAAUAAAAAUAAAAAAAAUUUUUUAUUAUCAUUAAAUAAAUUACAUAACAUUUAUUUUGAAUGUAUCAAUAAUAAUUUUUCGUUAGAUGAUAUUUUUUUAAAGAAUCCAUUUUUAAUUUUAAAAAAUAAAUCUGAAAAUAAAGCUAUAACAAAUAUUACUCUACAAAAAAGUAUGGAAACUCAAAUUGAAAAUAUAAAUGAUUAUUAUAAUAAAAGUAAUAAUGAAAAUAAAAAUGAUUUAAUGCAAGAAGUUACAAUUAAACUUAUUUUUACAACUCAGAGUACAAAUGAUUUUUCAGAAUGCACUGAUGAAAAUAUUUCUGUAGAAAUUCCUAUGUCCUCACUAAAUUCAUUCAAUAAGCUCUUUGUGCUUUCAGAAAAUGAUGAAAGUACAGUAGUUAAUAAAGAAGAAAGUUAUAAAAAAUCUAGUUAUUUAAAUGAUAAUAAAGAAUAUGAUAUAAAAGACUUAAGAAAAUUAGAAAAAUACAUUCAACAAAUUUUGAGCAGUAUUAUAAGUACUAACAAUAACUUAUUAGAUAAACACGUAAAUAAUAGCAAUUUUGAUGAAUUCAGAUUAGAUUCAACAUGUGAAAAAUAUUCAGAGACUUUAUGGAAAAAAAGAUGUGAAAAAAAAAAAGAAAUAAUUGAAAUUCUUAAAAUGAGUGGUUUCAAUGAAAAUGAUAAUACUGAUAAUUCUAUGAGGAGUUAUUUUAAUAAUUUGAUUGAGCAAUAUAUUAAUGAUGAAAAAAGUUAUAAUAAGCAAUUAAAACAAAUAUCUGAUUUAAAAAAUAAUUAUGAUAUGCAUUUGUCUAAUAUAAAACUUAGAAAGGCUAAGUACUCUUUUAUUUUAGGAAAAACAAAAGAACAAAUUACAAUUCAUUUUAAGAAUAUUUUGAAAAAUAUGAAUAAUUAUAAAGGAAAGUUAGAAUUUGAUGAUACAAAUAGAAAUUUAAAAGUUAUGGUUUCAAUUAACCAAGACAUUUCAAAUAAUAUUUUUAUGGAAAUGAACUCCCUAUCAGGUGGUGAAAAGUCUACUAUUCAGAUGGCAUUAUUAGCUUCUUUCUCCUUGACAGAAACUUCUUCUUUUCAUAUAUUUGAUGAACUUGAUGUAUAUAUGGAUGAACUUACACGUGUCAAAAAUAUGAAGUUGUUUUGCGAUUUUGUUAAAAUAAAUAAUGAUAAACAGUAUUUCUUCAUAACACCACAUAUUGAAAUAACAGAAUUAUUUUUAGAUGAUGCUAAGAACAAAAAAGCUAAGAUAUUAAGUUUAUCUUGA